UGUGUUGGGUGGGUGGGUAAUUGAGCGACUUGCUGUGACCUGUAGUGUUUGUUGAGCACAGUGUAUAGACAGUUCUCAACAUGGGUGUCGUAACCAUGGUCGUAGCGAUAUAAGAGUGAUUAGAACUCGACUGUGGAUGUAUCGUAUUUGGAUGUUGGUAAAUGGCUGUGUCAUCGUGUUUAGCUGCAGGGUAUUCACGUAAAUGUAAUCUAUUAAUAUGUAACUUAGUUUUAGCCUCCAGUGGAAAUGGGUUUUUUUUGCGAUUGCAAUUUUCAGGUGCCGCGAGACAUUUUCAGUCCACUGCUUGACGAUUGCCUUGUCUGUCCGGCUGGGCUGGAGUCCAUGUCACGCACGCUGUGUCCAGGUUUAAUUGCUGCAAGUCCUCAUUGUUUGUGCCUCGUGUAUGUAGCGUCGUUUGAGUUGCUCAAUUAAAUUGUAGAUUUUACAUUUUACAUGAGGUGGUGGCUAAUGUGUUAUUGCAUAGAGCCAUUUGUCCCGUAACUUGAAACAUUGCCCGUGUUGUUUUGUAGCAAACGCUGCAUAUCGACGUUCUUCGUUUGAGUAGCGGUUUUUCAUUUUCGGUUUUAGGAGCCCCGAGCACAAUGGAAUAAUUCCGUUCACGACUAAAAGAAGCCGUGAUAUGAUCAAAACCACGGGAUAAUCACGUAGGUUUGGCUUUCAUUUUUUUCGUCGCCUUCCCCUCCUCCCCCCUUUUGUCUCGCCGCCCGUGGUACGGUCCAACAAAGCCCAGGGAUAGACUCCCUCGAGAAUGGAAGAGUCCAGCUCGAGUUUCUCUCGCUCACUUCCGGCCGCAUGGCAACACCCCUUGCCGACGUCCUCCACAUGGUAGCGCCCUGCUGCCUCACUCGGUCACGUUGCUCGCCUGGCCGCCCGCAAGCGCAACGCAGGGACGGGGGGAAACAUGGCAGACUGGCUGUCACCAUGGUGGAAUUAGCCGAAAUGGAAGCGUACGUUUUGGAGGACCUCUUAGAGGUGGAGUCCUUCAUCCUGGAGCAGGAGGACCUGGAGAGCACUGCCUCCAAGCUGCUGCUGUCCAGCGUGGCCGACGGGACGGACCUGCGCAGUGUCGACCCCGAGACACAGGCCCGGCUCGAGGCCCUGCUGGAGGCCGCCGGAAUUGGCAAACUGUCCACGGCCGAUGGCAAAGCCUUCACAGAUCCAGAGGUGCUGCGCCGCCUGACGUCGUCCGUGAGCUGUGCGCUGGACGAGGCGGCCGCCGCGCUCACCCGCAUGCGUGCCGAGACCGCCGCCGCCACGGGCCAGCCGGACAACCGGAGCCUGGCGGAGGCGUGCUCGGACGGCGAUGUGAACGCGGUGCGUAAGCUGCUGGGGGAGGGCCGUAGCGUGCACGAGACCACGGAGGAAGGCGAGAGCCUGCUGUGCCUCGCCUGCUCCGCCGGCUACUAUGAGCUCGCUCAGGUGCUGCUGGCGAUGCACGCCAACGUAGAGGACCGCGGCGUGAAGGGUGACAUCACGCCGCUCAUGGCGGCUGCCAGCGGCGGCUUUGUGGACAUCGUGCGGCUGCUGCUUGCUCACGGCGCUGACGUCAACGCGCAGUCCUCCACCGGCAACACGGCCCUGACGUACGCGUGCGCCGGCGGCUACGUGGACGUGGUGCGCGUGCUGCUGGAGGCGGGCGCCAACCUGGAGGACCACAACGAGAGCGGGCACACGCCGCUGAUGGAGGCGGCGAGCGGCGGCCACGUGGAGGUGGCGCGCCUGCUGCUGGAGCGCGGCGCCGGCAUCAACACGCACUCCAACGAAUUCAAGGAGAGCGCCCUCACCCUCGCCUGCUACAAGGGCCACCUGGAGAUGGUGAGGUUCCUUUUAGAGGCCGGAGCUGACCAGGAGCACAAGACGGAUGAGAUGCACACGGCUCUGAUGGAGGCUUGCAUGGACGGGCACGUGGAGGUGGCGCGGCUGCUGCUGGAGAGUGGCGCGCAGGUCAACAUGCCGGCCGACUCGUUCGAGUCUCCGCUCACGCUGGCAGCGUGCGGCGGGCACGUGGAGCUAGCGGCGCUGCUCAUCGAGAGGGGGGCCAACCUGGAGGAGGUGAACGACGAGGGCUACACACCGCUGAUGGAGGCCGCCCGCGAAGGCCACGAGGAGAUGGUCGCCCUCCUGCUCGCGCAAGGCGCAAACAUCAACGCGCAGACGGAGGAGACGCAGGAGACGGCGCUCACCCUGGCGUGCUGCGGCGGCUUCCUGGAGGUGGCCGACUUCCUCAUCAAGGCGGGAGCCGACCUGGAGCUGGGCUGCUCCACGCCGCUCAUGGAGGCCGCCCAGGAGGGCCACCUAGAGCUCGUCAAGUACCUCCUUGCCGCAGGGGCCAACGUGCACGCGACGACGGCCACGGGCGACACGGCGCUCACGUACGCCUGCGAGAACGGCCACACCGACGUGGCCGACCUCCUGCUGCAAGCCGGCGCCGACCUGGAGCACGAGUCGGAGGGCGGCCGCACGCCGCUCAUGAAGGCGGCGCGGGCCGGACACGUGUGCACCGUGCAGUUCCUCAUCAGCAAGGGGGCAGACGUGAACCGCGCCACGGCCAACAACGACCACACGGUGCUGUCGCUGGCUUGCGCCGGCGGCCACCUCUCCGUGGUCGAGCUGCUACUGGCUCACGGCGCCGAUCCCAACCACCGCCUUAAGGACGGCUCCACAAUGCUUAUUGAGGCAGCCAAAGGCGGCCACACGAGCGUGGUGUGCUACUUGAUCGACUACCCGCACAACCUGCUCUCAGCCUCACCCCCCGAGGCCCCCCAACUCACCCCCCCUCCCCAGGACCAGGGGCAGGUUGGUGCUCCCGUCUUUGCCCCGCGGGUGCCCAUGCAGGCCCUGCCCAUGGUGGUUCCGCCCCAGGAACCCGACAAGCCGCCCAACGACCUCCAGCAGAACCUGCCGGCGCGGGGAAAAGCUCCGGCAAAGCCCAAGCCCGGUGCCGGUCCGCCUUUGCCGGCGCCCAGCCCCGUCCCACCCAACCCUGACGUGGCCGCUACCGCCGCAGGGGGCUGCUGCUGCCACGUCCACACGCGGGCGCACCAGGCGGCGGCUGCGGCGGCGGCGGUGGCGGCCGGGGGCGCCCACCACACCGCCGCGCCGGCGGGGGUCCCGGGCGGCGGCGGCGGCGGCGGCGGCGGCGGAGCCGGCGGCGGCGGAACCGGAGGGCACGCGCAACAGUCGCCUGAGCGCAUCGUGGAAGAGGCGCAGGGCAAGCUGACGGAGCUGGAGCAACGGAUCCGCGAGGCCAUCGAGAAGAACGCGCAGCUGCAGUCGCUGGAGCUGGCGCAGGCGGAGCAGCUGACGCGCGAGCGCAUCGAGGAGCUGAGCCGCACGCGCGAGGAGCAGAUCCAGAAGAAGCAGCGCAUCCUGGAGGAGCUGCAGCGCGUGGAGCGCGAGCUGCAGCUCAAGACGCAGCAGCAGCUCAAGAAGCAGUACCUGGAGGCCAAGGCGCAGCGGCAGGCACUGCUGCAGCAGCAGCAACAGCUGCAGCAGCAGCAGCAGCCGGGGGGGGCGACGGGCGCCGCGGCGACCGCGCCCCCCAAUGGCGCGGCCGUUCAAACGCCGCCUCAGCAGACGCCGCAGCAAAUCCAGCUCCACUUGCACCAGCAGCAGCAGCUGCAGCAGUUGCAGCAACAAUUGCAGCAACAGCAGCAGCACCUGCAGCUGCAGCAGCAACUGUUGCAACAGCAGCUCCAGCAGCAGCAGCUGUUGCAGCAACAGAUGCAACAGCAGAUCCAGCAGCAGCAGCAGCAGGAGUCCACAGGCGGUACAACCACUCCGGAAACCGCCUACGCCCGCCUGGCGCAAAUGGAAGCCAUCUUGCCCAGGGAAGACGGCUCGCCCGCUCACCAGCACCAGCACCUGCCUCUCACGGCCGGCGGGGCGGCGGUACCGGGGGGCGGCGCCGGCGCCGGCGGCCUCCCCGCGGGCUUCGUGUCCCUGCACACGGCGCAGCCGCCCGGCGGCGCCACCCCCUUGGACGCGGCCGGCGUGCCCCCUGAGCUGGGCGGCAUGGGGGUAGGAGUCGGGGUGAGCGCAACGGGGCAGCUGGUGCUGGGCGAGACGGGAGAGGGCCUCAUGGUGGCGUGCCCCGCCCGCACGCUCACCGACACGCUCGGAGACAUCAUGGCAGCUGCCAGCGGCCGGCCCUCGGCCGUGGCCAACCCUCCCCCGCCGCACGGUGCCCUCGGCGGCUCCUCCUCCGAGCCGCAGACACCGGCGCCGAGCCCCAUCGUGUCCCCGCCGAUCCCUCACCCCUACAACCCCCUGGAGCUGGACGCACAGACGGAGAGCAACCACGACACCGCGCUGACGCUGGCCUGCGCCGGCGGCCACGAGGACCUGGUCACGGUGCUCAUCGCCCGCGGCGCCAACAUUGAGCACCGGGACAAGAAGGGCUUCACGCCGCUCAUCCUGGCGGCGACGGCGGGGCACGUGAACGUGGUGGAGCUGCUGCUGGACAACGGCGCGGACAUCGAGGCGCAGUCCGAGCGGACCAAGGACACGCCGCUCUCGCUCGCCUGCUCGGGAGGCCGGCAGGAGGUGGUGGAGCUGCUGAUCGCGCGCGGAGCCAACAAAGAGCACCGCAACGUGUCGGACUACACGCCGCUGAGCCUCGCCGCCUCCGGGGGCUACGUCAACAUCAUCAAGAUCCUGCUCAACGCCGGCGCAGAGAUCAACUCCCGGACUGGCAGCAAGCUGGGCAUCUCGCCGCUGAUGCUGGCGGCGAUGAACGGGCACACGGCCGCCGUGAAGCUGCUCCUCGACAUGGGCUCCGACAUCAACGCGCAGAUCGAGACGAACCGCAACACGGCGCUCACGCUCGCCUGCUUCCAGGGCCGCCACGAGGUGGUCAGCCUGCUCGUCGAGAGGAAGGCCAACGUCGAGCACCGGGCCAAGACGGGGCUGACCCCGCUGAUGGAGGCUGCGUCCGGCGGCUACGCCGAGGUGGGGCGCGUGCUGCUGGAGCGAGGAGCGGACGUGAACGCGGCGCCCGUGCCCUCGUCUCGUGACACCGCCCUCACCAUCGCCGCCGACAAGGGCCACUACAAGUUCUGCGAGCUCGUCAUCUCCAGGGGCGCGCACAUCGACGUGCGGAACAAGAAGGGCAACACGCCACUCUGGCUCGCGGCCAACGGGGGCCACCUGGACGUGGUGCAGCUCCUGGUGAACUCCGGUGCCGACGUGGACGCUGCCGAUAACCGCAAGAUCACGCCGCUCAUGGCCGCCUUCCGCAAGGGUCACGUGAAGGUCGUGCGAUACCUGGUUAAGGAGGUGAACCAGUUCCCGUCCGACUCGGAGUGCAUGCGCUACAUCGCCACCAUCACCGACAAGGAGCUGCUGAAGAAGUGCCACCAGUGCAUGGAGAUCAUCGUCCACGCCAAGGACCGGCAGGCGGCGGAGGCCAACAAGAACGCGUCCAUCUUGCUGGAGGAGCUUGACCUGGAGAGGUCUCGCGAGGAGAGCCGGCAGAAGACGCUCGCAGCCAAGCGGGAGAAACGCAAGGAGAAGCGCAAGAAGAAGAAGGAAGAGCAGAAGAGGAAGGCCGAGGAGCAGGAGGCGAAGAGCAAAGAGGACACGGAUGAAUCUCACAAGAGGGACGAUGGCCAGCAGAAGAAAGAGGAAGAAGAGGACGACGACGACGACGAUGACGACGAGGAAGACGUGGUCCCCCCGGAGCCCCCGAGCGCGACCACUACCACCACCAUCGGCAUCUCGGCCACGUCUUCCACGCUGUCAAACGCGCACGGCAAGCGAGCCGCCCUCAGCGCCCCCGCCGCCACGCCGGGCCCCAAGCGGAAGAACCGCACGGACGUCGGCGUGGCGGCACCGGCCACCUCUGCCAUGCUGGACAGCGGCUCGACGGCGACUCCGCAGUCCUCCUCCAUGUGCCCCACGCCCGUAAUCAACGGCGAAACCAAGGCAGGCGAGGUGACGGGCGGAGGCGGGUGCGGCGGCAUCGGCGGAAUCGGCGGCAGCAGCAGCUGCAGCAGCAGCAGCAGCAACGGCACGGUGUGCAGCAGCAGCAGCAGCGGAGAGGACUCGAUCGGAGUGGCGGGGAAGGCCGGCAAGGGCAAGGAGCGCAAGCGGAACAAGGCCAACGCGGCCGGAGCGGACCACGAGGGGGACGGCGACAGGAAGGCCGUCGGGCCGAUGGGCACCCAGAAGCACGCCGUCACGGCGCUGGAGGUGGCCGGAAUGCUGGCUGGCGCCGGCGGCGUCGGCGGCCUGCACGCGGUGGCCACGGUGGCGGCGAGCCUCAAGGCCGGCGUGGGUGCGACGCCGCUGUCCUCGCCCAACAGCAAGCUGAACCUCACGAGCCCCAAGCGGGCACAGAAGCGCGAGGACGGCUGGAAGGAGGUCGUGCGGAGGUCGAAGAAGGUGGCCGUCCCGUCGACGGCCAUCGCGCGGGUUAUCGGGCGCGGCGGCUGCAACAUCAACGCGAUCCGCGAGUUCACGGGAGCGCACAUCGACAUCGACAAGCAGAAGGACAAGGCCGGCGAUCGCAUGAUCACCAUACGGGGGGGAACGGAGGCCACGCGCCAGGCGACGCAGCUCAUCAACGCUCUCAUCAAGGACCCAAACCAGGAGAUCGACGCGCUGCUCCCCAAGAAUCGCGCCACCGGCAAAGGCAGCUGCUCCUCCAAGGGCGUGGGAUCGGGGGGCGCCAUCGGCGGCGCAUCGGGCAAGAACACUCAGGUGAACGCCACCUCCGCCGCCUCCCUCACCUCCGUCUCGUGUGCCACCACGGGGACAAGCGUCACCGUGACGACCACGAUGACGGUGGUGGCCACCAGCGCAAAGGGGCAGCAGCAGCCGCAGCACAAGCCGCCCACCUCCGCCUCGGCGAGCGUCGGAAACUCCCCGGGCGGCGCCAACCAGGGAGUGCGCCCGUCGUUCCCGGUGCCCAUCUCGCUCUCGUACGCCAGCCCGCCCUUCCCGCACGCCCACGCGCUCUUCGCGGCGCAGGCCUUCCAGCACCCGCGUCUCCCCGUCGCCCACUUCGGAGGCAGCGCCUGGGGCCCCUUCCCCGUACGGCCGGCCGUUUCCGCGGCCUCCCCGGCCUCGGGCGUCCCCAGCCUCGCCGGAGCCUCUGGCCUGCCGGCGCUGGCGGGCAAGCCCGGCCUGUCGCCGGCCGCGGGCAACGUGCUCGCCGCCGCGGGGUCGACGCAUGCCACCUCGAGCAGCCCGAAGCACAGCUCUGUCCGCAAGCAGCUGUUUGCCAACGCCACUGCCGUCACGGCGACCGUCACCUCGGCCGCCCCCUCCUUCGUCACUGCCUCCACGACCACUGCCUCCACGGUCUCCGUGACCACGACCUCCGUCGCCACGCCCACCACACGCCCGCAGCCGAGCGGCGUCAACGUCGCCGCGUCGGCCACCAGCAGGCUUCCCGGCAACUUGCAGUCGUCCUCUUCCCCGUCGCCCACACCCCAGCAUGCCGCCAACGCGUCCGCCAAUGUUGGCAAUCAGCCGUCUGUGGCAACGCAGCAGCAGCAACAGCAGCAGCAGCAGCACCAGCAUAAGAACGCGCAGGCCCCAUCGGUUGCCACGCACGGUCAUCCUGUGGCUGCAGUGAGCGUGAAGGAAGCGAAUUCGAGAGAAGCGCCCCCGCCAUCCAUGACCACUGCCUCGGCUCACCCGCCCCAGAUGGGCUUCUCGUCGGGCAGGGCGCCCACACCCCAGCUGGGCACAGCGACCGUGUCCAGCUCCUCCUCGGCUCACGUUGGCAAUAACCCUACCUCCACCUCCGCCCUCGGAAACCAGAGUUCUCCGGACGUUCUCCGACAACCCCACCCGCAGUCCGUCCAGCAGCCCGCGCCCAGGGCGGUGGCGGCACCGCCGCCCGUCAGGGUCACGGGGCCAGCGCCGGCGCCGUCCGUCUCCGCCCAGCCGCAGAUGGCGCAGGGCAUCAACGUCCCGUUCGGCGUGGCCCAGCCACCCCCGCAGUCCGCUCAGACGACCCCCGCGUCGUCCGCCCAGCCGCUCCAGACCGUGGCUCCGCCGCCGCAGCAGCAGCAGCAGCAGCAGCAGGCGAGUGCGGUGCGCCCCAUCAUGCACGUGGGCGCCGGUCACUACCAGACGGAGCAAGGCGCCGCGCAGCAGCAGCAGCAGCAACAGCAGCAGCUCCAGGCAGCCGCGUCGGUGCAGCCGGGCCCCAUCCAGCGGCCACACAGCGUCCCCUCGGCCUGCAUGUCGAGCCAGAGCCACGCGGCCAUGGCGGCGGCGGCGGCGGCAGCCCAGGGCACCUGCGCCUCGGCAGGCGUCGCUCCUUCUGGCGGCACCUCGGCGAGUUCCAUGCCCCCCAGCUACCCAUCCGUGCCCCUGCAGCAGUACAGCCCCUUCAGCGGGAGCUACUUCGACCCGACGCACCUCAACACCGCGGGCGGUGGCUCCUCGGCGGCGGCCGUGGUCGGCGCGGCCAACGCGGCGCCCCCGUCGUGCGGCCCCAGCUGGGGGGCGGGCAGGUCCAUCAGCACGCCCGAGCCGAUGCUGGCGUCCGGCGGCCAAGUGAACGCCGCCGCGGUCAACGCCAACGCCUACCUGAGCGCCAGCGCCGUGCUCAGCCAGUCGGAGCCCUCGCUGGCGGCGGAGGCCGCUGCCAAGGCGCCGGGAUUCAGGCCCGCGGGACCAAGGCCUACGCUGAGCCCGACCGGACUCAUGAGCCUGGAGGCCCAGUUCCACCCCGGAGCGGCUCCGGGAUCCGUGCCGGUGCGAGGCCCACCUGGAUCCGGCAUGCCUCUUGGCACGGGACCAGGGCAGCAGUUUGUGCCCGGCCCGGCAGCAGGUCAGCAAAAGCCCGUCGGGAGCGGCGGGCAGGACCGCAAGGUGCCCACGCCGAUCGGCACGGAGAGGCUGGCUCGCAUCCGACAAUCGAGCAACAUGACGCAGCUGGGGCCCGGCAUCGGGGCGGGCAUCGCCAACCCCCACGGAGGCAUCUGGAGCUUCUCCAACACGCUUGGACUGCGGCAGAGUUGGCCGGAGAGGGCCCACGUUUACACGCGACAAGGUGAGAACAUGUCGGACUGGUCGCAGACGCCCGUCUUCCGUCACCGCCCGCCUAUGGACCCCUGCGUCUAUAACCAGCACCAGCCGAUGGAGAGGGACAACACUGGAGUGAUCAACCCUUCAAAUUUCCAGCCAAUUCCAGGGAACUACAUGGACUUUCAAAAGGCUGGGACUCUCCCCAUGUCGCUGUACGGGGGGGCCCUGAUCCGCCCGGGCAUGCCAAUGAUGGACGGCUCGAUGCCCGGCGUGUUUGGGGGGCCCCGGGGAGGGGGGCCCUGCCCGGGGGGCGCCGACCCCAACUGGAGCCCCCUCCUCAAGGUGGUGAACCCGGCCGACGCCGGCGCGGCCCAGAACCAGCAGAUGUGGCCGGGGCCCUGGGAGGCCCACGUUAACAGCCUGCACCUCAACCACAUGGGAUAAAGAUAAACAAAAAGCCCCAAAAGCGUUCCCACUGCUGUCCGCAAAUCCCUGCCCGUCUCUCUCCGACGACGCAUACAGGAGCACAUUCUCCGCCGGUUACUUCAACAAAGCCUGUACGUGGAACCACCCAGGGUUUUGAUGGUUUUCAUUUGCUGCUGUUUGUCCUGACAUCUGCAAAAAAAAAACCGUUUUUUUUCAUUUGUUAUUUUUUAUUUUUUUUAUUUUACACGAAAAGUUACCAGUGAUUCGGUUAAAUUUUUUUCCGUGCCGUUGCCCCCCGCUGAAUUUCUAGCACAAGACGGGCUUCACAGAUUUUCAGCUGCCCAGACGAAAAUAGUGAGUCAAGGAACCCCCUCUGUAGCGAGAGAGAGGGAGAGUGAACAGGGAACGGCAAAAGGGGGGGGCACCCUUGAUGUUAUUCGCCUGAGAUAAGUUGCAUACGAUUCGAGUGGAGUAUCCUGCUCACUUAUAACCAGAUUAAAGAUGACGUAGCGCAAGGAAAGGGAGGGAGGGAUGUAAGGUUAAGGAUUUAACAUUUAACUUAGAUUGUUGAAGCGGUGUAUGAUGUACCGUUUACACACACAUGAGUUGGCGAACGUUGAGUUUAAGAGUCGGCCUCUAGGGACUCUGCUCUGUGUAGACAAGACACUUAAAUGUGAAACUAUUUACCUUCAUGUUCAUUAAACGUGGAAGAAGUUCAUGCAUAAAA